AUGUAGCAAGCAAUUGGAUUAUACUCCAAGAGACUUGGAUUACACUCAUGUCUUUCUUCUUCAUAGAUUUAAGACCCAUGAAUAGGUCAGCAACACACGUCAUGACAGAGUUUAUUCUCCUGGGAUUCCCUGGUUGCUGGAAGAUUCAGAUUUUCCUCUUCUCAUUGUUUUUGGUGAUUUAUGUCUUGACCUUGCUGGGAAAUGGAGCCAUCAUCUAUGCAGUGAGAUGCAACCCACGACUACACACCCCCAUGUACUUUCUGCUGGGAAACUUUGCCUUCCUUGAGAUCUGGUAUGUGUCCUCCACUGUUCCUAACAUGCUAGCCAACAUUCUCUCCAAGACCAAGGCCAUCUCAUUUUCUGGGUGCUUCCUCCAGUUCUAUUUCUUCUUUUCACUGGGAACAACUGAAUGUCUCUUUCUGGCAGUAAUGGCUUAUGAUCGAUACCUGGCCAUCUGCCACCCACUGCAGUACCCCGCCAUCAUGACCGGAAGGUUCUGUGGUAAGCUGGUGUCUUUCUGUUGGCUCGCUGGAUUCCUUGGAUACCCAAUUCCCAUUUUCUUCAUCUCCCAACUCCCCUUCUGUGGUCCUAAUAUCAUUGAUCACUUCCUGUGUGACAUGGACCCAUUGAUGGCUCUAUCCUGUGCUCCAGCUCCCAUAACUGAAUGUAUUUUCUAUACUCAGAGCUCCCUUGUUCUCUUUUUCACUAGUAUAUACAUUCUUCAAUCCUAUAUCCUGUUGCUAAGAGCUGUUUUUCAGGUCCCUUCUGCAGCUGGUCGGAGAAAAGCCUUCUCUACCUGUGGUUCUCAUUUAGUUGUGGUAUCUCUUUUCUAUGGGACAGUCAUGGUAAUGUACGUAAGUCCUACAUAUGGCAUCCCAACUUUAUGGCAGAAGAUCCUCACACUGGUAUAUUCAGUAAUGACUCCUCUUUUUAAUCCUCUGAUCUAUAGUCUUCGUAAUAAGGACAUGAAACUCGCUCUGAGAAAUGUCCUGUUUGGAAUGAGAGUUCAUCAAAAUUCGUGAGCCAAAGAUGUGCCAUAUUUAUAAGUUCUAACGAAGAACAAGGUCGAG